UACACAACUUCAACCUACUUCCAAAAUGCCUGAAGGAGGGAAAAAGUCUGAUUUCAAAGUGUCCUCCUGGAAGUAAUUGAGCAGAGAUGGUUUUCCACCCAGAUCCUGAUACGUCCUGUCUCAUGAUCAAUUUAAUUAGGCAACGGUCUCAACAAUAGCCACCCUCAUUAUGUGUAUUUUCUGUGUGAAAUGGCACAGUAUUUGUUUUUGAUGACUUUAGUAGAGCUGGUCUGGGAAAUACUGCAUUUUAUUUAAUAAAAAAAGCAACAUAUAAAGAAUAAAUGAAGCCUGUGGAUAGAGAGAGACAACAAGCAGCUCUGUCUGUUUUAUUUCCUUCUUUAAUCCAGUAGAGGACAGUUAAAGAUCAUAAGGAGAUUUGCACAACAUUUAAUGAACAUUUGGCUCUGGUUCGUUACUUCUUCUUUCUGCUGAAUCAGUUCUCUUCACCAAUGACUCGAGAAAAUCAUCUGAUGAGGACGGCAUCUUUUUUUCUGAAGGAAUAUUUUAACAUUUUGGGGGAAUAGACUUGUUUUUUCUUGCCAAUCUUAUCUCUCCAAAAGUAAGAAAAUCCACCUUCCAACAAAUCUAAAGUUCACUAAUUAACACGUUAUAGCUUGUUUGUUAAAAAGUGUUGUGGUUUUACAUUGUUACGGGUUGUGUGCUGGACUUCUUCUAGUUUUAUACAGAGCCAGGCCUCCAGUUUUAUCUGUAGCUUCAUAUUUACUGUACAGACAUUAACUCUUGGCAACAAAGUGAAUAAACAUUUUCUUAGUUGAAUUCUCUUCCUGAUCAAUUCAUAGCAUUCAUCUUUAAAUCCACUCUUAUAUUUUAUCUGACACACUUCCAAAAAACUGUGCUAUUGCACGAAAGUGACUCAAUCUCUUCGACCCUUCAGACUCAGAAACAUUCAACUUCACAUCCCAUUGAGAUGGUUUGCUUGAUCUCUCGGAAGCUUUUGAUCCCUCCUUACUUCUUGAUCUGAUAUUGGAUUAGAUUCUGCAGUUUGUUGAUGGUUUCAUCAUUUGUAGAAGAAGCUGAUGUUAAAAUCCAGGUUGGUAGUUAGAGACAGUACAAUGUUUACCCAAAGCUUCAGUGACAUGAACAAAUAAGUUCUGCACAUUAAUGGCAAAAUUAUAUUUCCUCUGACAAGGCGACUGUUGAGACGAUACAUAUAUGUCCAAUCUUUCAAUUAGAUUCUGGACAUAAGGCACACAUGGUAUCGUAUAGUAAAUGGGUGCUCAUCACAAGGUUUCCUUUAGUAAUGUUUCAUUAUUUAGACCAAACAGACCGUAACCCAACUUUAAUCUUUAGUUUAUUUUGGGCUUUUCAUUGUCUCUAACUUCACCUUGAAACAUCUGAUUGGUUGAGCUCAUUGUGGCAGCACAUAUCUAUAUUUACUAAAGUCUCGUUAUAGAAAGAGGAAGUGGUGGUGCCGUUGGUGGAGACUGCCUGACAGGCAUUACUGAGGGAACAUGAGCACAGAUUAGUAGACUGUUGUCAUCUGGCUUUGUUGAAAAGUAAAAUCCCGCCUCUGCAGUGUUUGAUGAUUGGCCAUAACUGUAGCUCCUCAUUCUGAAUAACCAAUAAAAUCAAUGGUUGCAGGAAAUCUUCAGGUUGCUUUUAUGUUCCAAAGGUCAGAAGUUGUGUUUUCCACUUUUUGCAUUUUGUUUUUGCUGAUAUUCAUCUUUGCAGGUGAGCCAUAACCUGAGAAUCAUCAGACAUUGAAAUGUCGUCUACAACGACACAAGCAGUUUCAGAGCUCUCUGUGCGGGUCCCAUGGGGAGAGAUCAGAGGUAAAGUCUGGGGUCCUGACCACGGUCGUCCUGUGCUGUGCCUGCAUGGCUGGGCUGACAACUGUGGUACAUUCAAGACUCUCAUUCCCCUUCUACCCAAAGACUGCAGAUACGUGGCGGUGGACCUGGCAGGUCACGGCCUGUCAUCACAUCGUCCUCCUGGAGUUUUCUAUUCGUUUCCUGCGUACGUGGCUGAUGUUCGUAGAAUCGUUGACGGUUUGCAGUGGACAAAGUUCUCCAUCAUAGGCCACAGUAUGGGCGCUAACAUCGCUGCACUGGUAACUAAGAUCAAUCACAUGCAACUUAUCACUGUUUUCACAGAAUAUACAGAGAAUAUUUUGCUCUAUUUUCUUGCAUUGUAUUAUAUUUUGUCCAUAUUGUGUUUUCCACAGUUCAGCUCGUUGUAUCCUGACAUGGUGGAAGCUGUCAUACUGCUGGAUGCUUUUGGAUUCUUACCUACAGAUCCAAAAGAAAUACCCAAAGUGAUGAGGCAGGGGAUGGAAGAGAUGCUUCAGUAUGAAAAAAAGACAGAAGAGAAGAAAAGAGUUUACACUUUUGAGAAGGCAGCUGAGAGGCUGUUGGCUGCAAACCCAACUCUAUCUGAAGAGUCUGUGCACAUCCUUUUAGAGCGAGGUCUAGUUCAAGUUGAUGGAGGAUUUGUGUUCUCCAGAGACCUGCGACUUAAUUUUAAAAACAUAGUGCGCAUCAGUUUGGAGCAGAGUCUGGAGAUGCAGUCAAGGAUUCAAGCUCCUGUUCUAGUUGUUCUAGCAGACAAAGGCUUUGGUGCAAAACUUCCAGAAUCAAACCGACAGAUACUUACCUCCACACUUCUCCAGGGCUAUCGAGACAGAAAUCACAUGGUGGUGACAGUACCAGGUGAUCAUCACGUCCAUCUGAAUAAUCCUGAAGUCGUCGCUCCUCUUGUUUCUGACUUCCUGCAGACCAAAGUGAUCUCCCACCAGCUGCCAGCAUAGUGGACACACACACACACACACACACACACACACACACACACACACACACACACACACAGUGACACAUUUUCCGUGCUAAAUUUCACACACUUUGUAUACUGUGCUCAUCUCUCUCAGAGCAGUUGUUAACAUAUUCAUGUUUUUCUGUCUUGAUAUAUGAUAUUUGAACUGUACUAUAAAGUUUUUAUUGAAAUUGCUGCUUUGAAUUUACAGCAGUUACUAAAACUGUUUGCAUUGUUUAA